GGCUUCCACUUUCCCAAACCUGAAGAUUUUUUCAAUCAAAGCAAAGAGAAGAUUUGUGGAUGUCAAAUAUGCAAGGAACUGAAGAGGGAAAGAGUGGAAUAGAGACUUGUCCAGAUUUGGCGAAACCUGCUUCAGAGCAGGAUGUCUCCGAAAUCGAUUCACCAGGGAUAAUAGCAAAACAAUUUCAAGAAGAUGAAUCUACAUUUGAAGAAAAAUAUACAUGUGAAGGCAUGAAGGAAAAUUCUCCCAUUGAGGUCCCUGAGCCAUAUCUCUUCCAGGAAGGUUUUGGGGAAAUAACUUUGGUCCACAAGAAGAGACCUGAAAUGAGUAGCCAACAAUAUAAUUUUGAGAAAAGGUUGCUUUUGACCUCAAGCCUUGUUACCCAUCUGAGGGUUUCCUCAGAAGGGAGCCUGUAUCAGUGGGAAACAAGUAACAUACACCCCACUGUUAUUUCAGACCCAGGUAAAUGUCUGACUCUUUCCACACACAGAAAAUCUUGGAAAUGUAAUGAAUGUGGGAAAACAUUCACUCAGAGCUCAUCCCUUACCCAGCAUCAGAGAACUCAUACUGGAGAGAGGCCCUAUGUAUGUGAGGAAUGUGGGAAAGCCUUUAGUCGUAGCUCAUUUCUUGUUCAACAUCAGCGAAUCCACACAGGAGUGAAACCCUAUGGAUGUGGGGAGUGUGGGAAAGCAUUCCGAUGCCGGUCAUUUCUUACUCAGCAUCAAAGAGUCCACACUGGAGAGAAACCUUACAAAUGUAAUGAAUGUGGGAAUUCCUUCCGCAGUCACUCACAUCUCACUGAACAUCAGAGAAUUCACACCGGAGAGAAACCUUAUAUGUGUAAUCGAUGUGGGAAAGCAUUCAAUCAAAAUACACACCUUGUUCAUCAUCAGAGAAUUCACACUGGUGAGAAGCCAUAUUUAUGCAAUGAAUGUGGCUCUUCUUUUCGCAAACACUCAAAUCUUAUCCAACAUCAGAGAAUUCACACCGGAGAAAAGCCUCAUAAAUGUGAUGAAUGUGGGAAAACCUUCCAAACAAAGGCAAAUCUGUCUCAGCACCAGAGAAUUCAUACUGGAGAGAAACCCUACAGAUGUAAGGACUGUGGUAAAGCCUUUUGUCAGAGCCCAUCCCUUAUUAAACACCAGCGGAUUCAUACUGGGGAGAAGCCCUAUAAAUGUAAGGACUGUGGCAAAGCAUUUACUCAGAGCACCCCACUCACUAAACAUCAGAGAAUUCAUACAGGGGAGAGACCCUACAAAUGCAGCGAGUGUGGGAAAGCCUUCAUUCAGAGCAUCUGCCUUAUUCGGCAUCUGAGAAGUCACACAGGGGAGAAACCAUACAAAUGCAAUGAAUGUGGAAAGGGCUUUAAUCAGAACACCUGCCUCACUCAGCAUAUGAGAAUUCAUACUGGAGAGAAGCCCUAUAAGUGUAAAGAAUGUGGGAAGGCCUUUGCUCACAGCUCAUCUCUUAAUGAGCAUUAUAGAACUCACACCGGCGAGAAGCUCUAUAAGUGUAGCGAGUGUGAGAAAACCUUCCGCAAGUAUGCACACCUUAGUGAACAUUACAGAAUUCAUACUGGUGAGAAGCCUUAUGAAUGCAUUGAAUGUGGGAAAUUCUUCAGGCAUAGUUCAGUCCUUUUCAGACAUCAGAAACUUCACAGUGGUGAAUAAUCCUGACCUUUUGAUGGUGAUAAUUUCUGUAGCAAAAAUGAAGAGGGAUCUGGUCAGGAGCAAGGGAGCAGGUAGAGGUCCUAGGGGGAAGGCUGGAGGAGCCCUGGCUAUGGCAUCCUGAGUAGAGCAUUUCCAGAAGUGGAGAUGGAAUUUGGAGAAUGAAGAGCCUAUUCCAGGUGGGCCUCUGGGAUGUCAGUGUAGAAAGGAAGUUUCUGCUUUUCAGAUAAAGCCUGCAGGUUUUCACUCCUAUCUGUGGGAUUCUGACACUUUGAGAAGGCAUUUGUGUUUCCUUUGCUACACCCUGCCCCACCUUCUAGCCUUGUUGCCAUGUUCACUGGCUGGUGGAUGGAGGUACUUUGCAAACUGCCUGUCAGGAUGUUCCAAGCAAUCUGAUCAAGCUACUGUGGGGGAGGAUUCCCGACCUCUGGAAAAAAAAAAGUGGUUUGAAUAGGAGACAAGUGAAAAAUAGAGUUUGUAUGAACUCAAAUUAGGACAUAUGAGAGCAAGAACUGGGAUGAUCUCUAUAAAUGAGCUGUUCAAGAUGGCCUUUACCAGAGUGAGGAAGAUAUUUUAUGAUCCUUUCAGACUGGUGUGCAACUUGGAACUAAAGGAAGUAGUAGAUCAAGCAAUUUCAGUCACGUCAGUUUUGUGGGAGGAGAGUCAAAUCUGCUCAGAGGUCCACAGAGGGGAAAGUCUGACCUCUGUUCUGGAGAAAUACUGUCUUACCCAGGAAAGAAAAUGGUCUGUGCUAGACUGCUGAUGUUACAAUGAGCAAUGCAGGGAGCCUAUACUUGACUGAGCAAGUCGACUACAUGACUCUCCCUUGGACUUAAGUGCACAUCUACCUCCAGUAGUUUGGGCCACUGCUCCACUGGGUCUGGAGAGAGAGACCCAGUAGGACAAACAGUGUCCUAAAGAGAGAGAGAGAGAGACUUGGUUUCUUGGCCAUAGGGAGAAGGAUUUAACGGUGAAGUAGCAUUUUAUGAUGAUCAACCUUUCAAGCUGUUAAACUUCUUGUUAAGAGGGUGUUGACAUUUGUUGUGGAAUGACUGCAAAGAGUCCUGAAUAGAGUUAUCUCUACUUCAAAUCCCUGAAAAUCAAGAAAGCACAGUUUGUCACUAACUGUGAUGAUAAUAUCAAUUUUUCUUUAUUUCUCCAACUCCUUUCCCGUUCAUGAGUGCUACCCAGAGAUUGAGCUCCAGAGGAUUAAAUGACGAUAGCCUCUGAUUUAUGAUUUAAAUAAUCCUAAACUCUAAAGCUAAUAGUCAUCUUUAAAAUAUGUUUGUUAAAAGCAACUAAAGUGGACCAACCUGUUGCAUUCUGGUUAAGGCAGCUGAAUACCAACUGGCUGAGAAGUCACAGACCCAGCAGCUUGAAAACCAUGCUGGGUGUGUGUGCUUGUGUGCCCAAAACCCUGAGAGGAGAAUGGAGGAGAGGGAUUGCAGC